AUGAAUUUUUCAACAAAUGCAUAUGGUUAAAAUUGGAGAUUAAACUUUAAAAUAAUGAGAUAGGAUAAAGAUUGUGUUUGAUUUUGAUAUGCACAUAACCACCUCGGCUGAGAAGCAACUACCUUGGAGACCGUAGAGAAAAAAGCAGAGCCAAAAACAUAAAACUCUCCAACACCUCUCUUUCUCGGUCAAUUAUAUAAAUUUUCCCCGUACUAUUCUCAUUUCCCCCUUUCCAAGGAUCACCCUUUUUUCUGUUUUCUUUUACAACUUAGUCAUAAUAAUAAUCUCUCAAAACUCUCUUCACUGUAAUUACGUUACUACUAUGCAUUCUUGGGCAUUUUUCAGAACAUCUAAGCCUGCGAUCCGAGUGCUUGCCGCUCAAAAUCCACUUUUUCUUCGUUCCAUCUUCACCAAAUCAAAUGCCUCCAAUGAGUAUAAAACAAAUCCAACACUUUUGGGUUCUGGCCUCAUAAUUGCUGCUUCAACCAUAGCUCUCUAUUAUAUUUCAUCCUCUUCUCAUCAUAUUUCUUAUGCUGAUUCUGGAGAAGACCCCGACAAGAAAUCCACCUUUUUAUUUGGAGAUUCGUAUCGGAAAAAAGUUUUCUUCAAGUAUGAGAAACGGUUGAGAUUGCAAAGUCCUCCUGAAAAGGUGUUUGAGUACUUUGCAUCUUACCGAACUCCAGGUGGGGAAGUGUAUAUGACGCCAGGGGACUUAAUGCGAGCAGUUGUUCCAGUGUUUCCACCAUCUCAAACAACUGGUGUUAGAGGAGGCAAUCUGAAAGGAGAAUCCGCUUCAAGCGAGCUACAUUGUGCUCCUUCAGAAUUUUUCAUGCUCUUUGAUACCGAUAAUGAUGGACUUAUAUCAUUUCCAGAGUACAUAUUUUUUGUUACACUACUGAGCAUCCCGGAACCAAGCUUUUCACAGGCAUUUCAAAUGUUUGACCUUGACAAUGAUGGAGGAGUUGACAAGGAAGAAUUUAAGAGAAUGAUGGAACUGAUGCGAACUGCUAAUAGACAAGGUGCCCGGCAUAGAAAUGGAUUGCGAUUUGGACUAAAAGUCACUGGUUCAGUAGAGGAAGGAGGUCUCUUGGAGUACUUCUUCGGCAAAGAUGGCAACGGGCGACUUGAGCAAGAAAAAUUUGUUCAGUUCUUAAGAGAUUUACAUGAUGAAAUAUCACGAUUGGAAUUUGCCCAUUAUGACUACAAGUCACAAGGAAGCAUUUCUGCCAAAGAUUUUGCUUUAUCAAUGGUUGCAUCUGCUGAUAUAAGUCAUAUCAACAAGUUUCUUGACCGAGUAGAAGAUCUGGAUGCUGAAAAACAGCUUAGAGACGUACGCAUUACAUUCAAGGAAUUCAUGAGCCUUGCUAAGCUGCGCAAAGAACUGCCAUCAUUUUCUCGGUCCAUCUUAAGCUAUGGGAAAGUAAACGGACUUUUGUCGAAACAAGAGUUGAAAAGAGCUGCUAACCAAGUUUGCAGUAUAUCCCUUAGCAAUAAUGUGGUGGAUUUGAUAUUUUUCAUGUUUGAUUUAGAUUGUGAUGGGACUUUAAGUUCAGAUGAGUUCCUAAGAGUGCUGCAACGGAGAGAGCCAGAGAGUUCACAACAAAGAGAGUCAGGUUUUGUGGGCUUCUUCUCGGGCUGGCUGGACUCCACAAAUAAGUAGUUUUUGAUUUACUAACACCUUUUGACCUAGAAAAAAUGAUUCAAACAUAGUGGUUGCUUAUCCAACAUUCUGUGUUAGCUUUUAACAAGGGAGUUGAACUUUUAGAGCUCCACAUCUGGACAUUUUAGAGUAACUCCCGCACCUCCAUAACAUCUUCCAUGAUACCCUACACGUUCAUAACUUUCUCCAUGAUCUCAAUAGUUAAUGUCAUGUUUAUGACAAUCUUGUAACCAACCCCUAUGUAAUAAUAUAACUAGUAUCAUGAGAGGUGA